CGUCGGGGGGGUUGGCUAAACUGGUGAUACGCUGGCGUCAGGGAUGUGGGAAGGUUGGCCACACUGGUGGUGGUAAACAACAAUAAUCCUCGGUGCAGAGCAGCUCCUUCACCAGACCAGCGAAUAAUGAGAUGGGUGAGAAAAUAAGAAGAGGUCAGCUGUGCUUCUGGGUGUCAGUGAAUGAGGUCAAGGAGACUGAAGAUGCGAGGUUACACAGAAACUCCUCGGCAUUGGAGUCCCUGCCAUAUUUCUGUACAACGGCAAAUUUACCAAGUGCAGUGGUCUACUUAUCACAGGAGCUACAGGGAAUGGGCCUCAGUUGUCCUCUUAUUGAAACCGGAAGCCAAAGAGUUAAUUUGGUGGCCCUUGUGAAUACCUGUUGGGAGGUGACGCAGCUGUAUCGUGCCUCUGUCAGAGACAGCAACACACUUCAUGACCAGAAGAGAAGAGAUGCUGCUGAUCUUAAUCACCUCCAGAGCAAUAUACGAGAUCUUCGAGGGAAUGUGGAAGAAAAGGAGCGGCUGGUGUGUGAUGCUCAGGAGAGGGAGCGACAAGCCGUCUUAGUUAGUAAAACUCUAGCUUCCAAACUCAAGUCAGAAAAGGAAGAGGUGCGGAAAUUAAGUAGUGUUUUGCAACAGCGGGAAGCACACCAUCAACACGAACUUCGGAAAAAAGAGAUUGAGAAUAACCGACUUCGUGAGCAUCUUCACCGCUUGGUCUCUGGCAAUCGCUUAUCAGAAUUGCGACAUCCUGGUAUGACUGUCUCUGGUACACUUGCACGACCCAACCGCUCAAGAGCUCAGUGGAAAACAGAAGCCUCAAAUGCUCGACAUGAAGAGGACUUACAUCGUAGAGUUCUAACCCAGUAUGAGGCUUGGGUAGGGCAGCUCAAUGAUGAAAAUGUCCAACUAAAGUCCUGCCUCUCUACUCUUUCCACUCACAUGUCAAAACUCGUUACAAAGUAUGCAAAAAAUGAAAACCAAUUAUCUACCGAUGGAGAUAUGAAUUCCUCUAUGACCUCAUCAGUAUUAAGUGCAGAUAGUCUGGAGGAUCCUGUAUAUAGGUUAGAGUUCCCGGCUUUCCGUGAUCAAGUGCAAGUGAUCUUUGAUGUCCACAUGAAGGCUCUUGUGCAGAUAUUUGAAGAGAAAUGUAAAAAAGAGAGUGGGGAGGUUGAAGAUCACCUGAAGAAAGAAAUAAGUCAAUUGGAGAAGCAGCUGGCUAUAACCAAAGAUGAACUGACAUCCACCCAGCUUAUGCUCAACAAGGAUGAGGGCACCAGAGACCAAGAAAAAGAGUUGUCGUUUCUAGCAGACAGCAGGUGCGUAGAAGAGAGAGCGACUCUGGAGAGGGCCAGGCAGGAGGUGGCAGCAGAGAGGAAAUUGCUGCAACAGGAGCGACACUCCUUCACAGAAGCUACCAUCAGACUCAACAGAGAAAGGGCAGCAUUUGAGGCUGAGAAGGUGGAACUGCUGAGAAGACAGUUUCUGCAGGAGUUGCCGUCAACACUGAACGACACGUGUGUUGAUGCCACGGACAGCAGUGGUAGUCUAUCAAGUGGGAGUAUUGGCGAUGCGUUUGACUCUCUGCAGCGAAUAGUAGCUGUGCCGAACAUUACCCCACCACGUGGCACUGUCACUUUUGCUCACGACUCGCCAGUUAUUUUGGGCCCCACUAGCCUGCCAAAACAGCAGCAGCAUGAUGUUUGCUGUAAUGCACAAAGUCGAAAGGCUUCAUGUGUCUUCCAUCAGAAGUCUGCCCCAGCAAGUAGGGCGCCAUCUCUCCCCCGACAAGUGGAAGUAGAAACACAAGCAUUUGGUAAUGGCGUGUCCAGUGGCGUCUGUCCUCUACGCACUCGGCCACACACCUUGGAAAGAGUAAAUAGAAAAUCCGUGUCGGGUAUAUCCACUCCAAUUUACAGGAGCAGAAGUCAGAGCCGAGGUGAUUUAACAAAGGAAGGUGCCCAAGGAAGCAACAAGUGUAAAUUAAUUAGCCAACCUUCACAAAGAGAAGCAGCCUUACUUUGCACUGUGAAUUCAAAUUUUUGUGAUAAAUAUUCACACAACAGUGCCAACAAAGAAUGUGUGAGUGGUUCAUCUGCAGGUUAUCAAAAGUACAAGUUUCACUGUGGUGUAAACCCAAAGACAACAAAAUUAACCAAAAAAUUACCUAUGUCUAUUAACAGGAAAGAUGGAAAAUAUUCCGAAGAAGAUCAGUAUGAAGAUACUCUUAAUAUUGAUUUUUAUACGAAUGACCAAGAUGGCAAUAAAUCGCUCAACACCCUUGAAACAGAUCUCAUGAACUUAAUGGCAAAGAUCACUCAACGACAAGAGGAACACGAUUCAAAGUCGUUCGUUGAUCUUCCUCCACCUUAUGAAGAGCUCACACAUCAACAGCCACCUCAGAGAAAUACUCUUUCACUCUGCAACAGUGCUCCUGGGAGUUUGCGUGGAAGCAGGAGGGCGAGUCGAGAUGUUGGCGUUCCGGGAGAUUUUCUGAAAAGAAUGCACAAACCAAAAUCAAAAAAAUCUAAUAAAUCAUAAUUACCAUAGAUAAAAUGUAGUUAAAUAACAUUGCAAUAGUUAAAUGGAAAUAAGGUGAGUUAGACUGAGAUGAUGUACUUACACCAAGAUUGUACUUAUCAGGAUUACCCGGAUACCCCAUACACAAUAGACAAUAUAAUGAUGCAAUAUGGGCAUCAGUCUUUGCAAUAAUGUUUUAUUUUGAAGGCAGUAGUUUCAUUACAUGAGGUGCUUGAAUGUUUACUUGAGAAAGAUAUUCUUGCAAGUUCCAUUUGAAUAUAUUUUACUGAGCAGCGUGUAAACUGGUGCUCAUAGUCACUCUUAUAAUUCAUAGUUUUCUAUUUAUUACAAUCACUUGUAUAUUUAUAUUUGGUAGUUUUGUGUGUGUUCGACAGUUGGAUAUUUGUGCUUCUCGUAUGUUUAUAUUUAGCCAUUUUGUUUAAUUUUUUUGAGAAUUAUAUGUUUGAUCCUUACUAGGUACUGUAGAUGGAUUAAUAGUCUAGCCUACAGAUUGGUCACUGAUAACAAUAUUUUGUAAAUACUGUAUUUUAACAUGAUUUCUGAUACAAUAGUUAUUCCAAGGCUCAGGCAUAUGAUAAACAAUGUUUCUAUAGCAACAAUAUGCAACCCAUUCCUUUAUGUAUAUUACAUUCUUUCACUUGGUAGGGGUGACUACACAGGUUGUGGUAGACACCACUAUAGCACUUAGUGCAUGGGGUGAUACCUUUUUCAUACAUAUUCUCUCAUUCCAAUCACCUUGUAUUGUUUUCCUUCUCAGCCUUUUCCCUACACAUUACCCGUAUUCAAACUCAUUCUCUGUAUAUGCUUUAUAUCCUUAUCACACCUUUACUGUACUUCAUCCUUUACUAAAUUGACCGUAGCCAUCUUAACAUCAUAUAUUCUUCGGAUAUCUUCAUUUAUUCCAUCAUUACAUUCAGCCUUAUACAUUACUGUACUAAAACCUCCCUUUUAGCAUGUGUAUUCAUAUAGUUUUUAUGUUAUUGCCCACCAAACAUCACAUAAUAUUGUGAACCUCAUUUUUAAUGGUACUCUCUCAUCUUGAUUGAUGUUCUGUAAUGUUUCCCCCCCCCCCCCCCCUCACUGCCCCCUUGGCUGUUACCGGGAGACUAGACACAAUGUUAUAAAGAAUUAAGCCAGACAUUAACAUGUUUAUAUUGAGAACGUAUCUAAAAUAAUGGCAAGCAUUUGAUGCAUCCUCAGUCCACUGUGAUAUUAAUUUACUUGAAAAAAGUGCCUAAGUCAUAAUUAUGUGCACACACAAACACAUGAGUGGGGAAGAGGAAGAACACUUGGAUGUGUAAGGAUGCUUCAUAAUAUUGGUCGUAUUAUAAGAUAUACCGACAUGGGAGACAGGGAUGCUUUCUUCAGCCGCCCUCAUAUGCCUGCAUUGUGUUCAGUUUUCUAUUCUUGUUCUAAAAUACUUUUGACAGAGUUCAGCAGAAUGCAUUGAGGUUUGGUGUACAUUUGUUGUCAACAGGUUUGGAUUAAGAUAAAUUCAGUUGUUGGGAGCGCACAUUUCAAUGCAAGAAUGCAACCACCAUUUGCAUUAAAAAAAUUUUUUUUUUUUUUAUAUUGGAAGAUGUAUGCAUGAUUGCAUUUUGUUGUAUAGGUAUAUGUCUCUACUUAGAACUUUGUGAGAAUGCAUUGUACGGAAUACAAAAUCUUUAAUUAUAGGGUCACUGAAAUGCGCAAUCGCAUACCUUUUACUUCAACUACUUUCAUAUAGCAGUAGCACGUGGAGAAGGUUGUGGCAGUGUUUAAAAGAGUGUUCAACAAUGGAACACGGUAAUCCGAGCAUGGUAAUGCUCAGAUUACUGUAAAACAAACGUGUGUUUUGUCAUACUCCAAUUUCAAGUUUAAUGACACCGAUGAAUGUGUCUCCUAAUAUCAACUCUUGUUCUUAAUAUCAAACACUUUUCCCUGUAAUAGACGAUCUCCAUUGGCAGCAGUAAUUUGCUUCACAUCCACACACACUGCUCUGUACCUAUCUUGUCUUAUUUUGGUUACUGUGUUCAGAUUUUUGACUUCUCUAUACUUCGUUCAUCUGAACAUUGCUUUAUGUUAGCUGCUGUACCUUAAUUUGCAUGUUCUUUAAUUUAUAUGCUUUUCAGUUAUGGGAAAUAGAGGAAACAAGGGAGAUAUAUAGUAGGAGGAGUGAAGGGGAGCUGUACAUGAAGAGUACUGUAUAGAGCAGGCAUUGUAAGCCCCUGACAUGUUUUAAAUCAAACCUGCAUGAUGGUGUUUUGUUUAGUAUUUGUUGUAGCUAUCAUGUAGGAAUACUAUCACGCAGAACUUAUUGCCCAAGAAAUGCUAUAACUUUCUCAUACUUACGAGCAACAGUAUAUCCGGAUCUGACCCAGAUACCUGGGUCAGUUCACUCUGCCGGUAUAGAAUGUAAUUGAUUUGUAUAUAAUAUGUGCAAACAAGCAAAUGUUAACUUUCAUGCUGGUCUGUCAUAAAUGAUAGGCUAAGCAAGGUUCUUGCAAGGGACCCGGGUUCAACUCCAGGGCAGGACAAAAAUGGUUGGGCAUAUCCACAAGGGCCGUGAUGAGCGCUCGAACCUACGUCCAGGAUGAUCCCAGACGCGCCUUAGUUGACUGCGCCAGGACAUGGUUAAAUAAUAAAAUAAAUCGAAUCCCCCUUGUGGAUUUGUUCAUUUGAUGCAUCACGCUAUCGUGAUUUCUGUGUAUGGUUGGGCAUGUUUCCUUUCACCUGAUGCGUCUAUUCAUCUAGCAGUAAAGUAGAUAGUUCCAGGGAUUAAACAAUUGUGGGUUGCAUCAUGUAGAAGGUCAGUAGGUAGCCUAGGGAAGACCUCGAUAAAACUAAAUACAGGUUUUCUGUCCCUGAUAGCAGGAAUUAUAAUAUGGUACCAUUACCCACCGUUCCCACUUUCAUGGUGUGUGGAGGCAUCAGCCUAAAAAAAGCGAAUAACAUAAUAAAAGGUUAUACAUAUUAAUUAUAAAACAUUACAAUUAUUACUCGUCCAUUUAUCAUAAAUAAUACAAUACAUAGCACCAGAGUUAAACACACACUUCCACACUCACCAGUCAUCCUCAUCAGCAACCCACUUCCUUGUACAACCAGGUAUACAAUCCUUUAUAUAAAUUGUCAUAUACAUUCACUCCAUACAAAUUGUAUACAGUGCUUUAUAAAAAAAGUGUCAUAUACUGUCCAUUCACUCCAUACAAAUUGCUUCCAUCAUGCCAUGUUCCUUGCAAUAUCCUUUGAAUUAUUCAGAAUCACUUCCCACAUACAUAUAUAUCAUGUCCACCCAUCUUCCCAGCCUUCCUCUACACCUUUCACUGGGUAUUUAUUGAAUAGUGUUUAUAAUCAGAGACUACUUAUACAGUAUAGCAUUCGAUUUGGAACUUUCUCUUGAUAACUACUGUACUCUACUUUAUACCCAGAGAUGGGAUACUGAAUCCAUCCCCAAAGACGUGUGACAAAGUUCUUCCAUCGGUUAAGAAAUAUAAUAAAAGGCCCAUUGCCUGGAGGUUUUUGCUCCAUUGUCCUAACCAGUUGAGCCUUGUAGAUAUUUGAACAUAUAAUUAAUGUGCACCUUAUGUGAUUUUAAAACUAUCAUUCUCACUCCCAGUUUGGUUUUGCGGUACAACUGGCAUUUUAGUGGAUUUGGAAGGUCACAUUUGCGAUGCUAAUUUCUUCUACAUGUAAAUUCUUCAUGACCAUCCUUUUUGGCAUUGAUUUUGUCUUUAAUCCAAUUUGUCACAACUGUAUUUUUUUUUUAAAGCUUCCUCUCCAGCCGAACCUUCAAAAUUCACACUGGAAUCACUUCUUCCUCUUCUUAUUGACAAUGUUAAUGGGUCCUACAGGGCAUUGUUUAACUCUUAGGAGGCGAUUAUCAUCUAUUGAUGAUCCUCAGAGUAAUGCAGUUAUCAUAUGAUUAUUUAAAUGAUUAUUGUCUGGGUUUUACAUGUUUGAUGCAAAUAUGAAUAUAAUAGGUCUAUGUGGAUGUAAUGGAGUUUACCGUGGCCCAUGAACAAAAAUCCUGCUACAAUUUCAAUGUUACAAAUGCAGUUAGUCAUGAACACUAGGGGAAUGAGGUCAUUGUCAUGCAACGAUUUAAAAAAUUAUUGUCGGGAUUUACACAUAUGGAGCAGAUAUAGAUAUACAGUAAUGGCUGUCUGUGGAUGUAAAUAAAGAGAAACAAGUGGUGUUAUGGUGUAGAUUCUUCAUUUUUCCUCAGGAAAGCUUGUAGCUGAUGUUUUUUUCCUGGGCUAGCUAGCUAGCACUGCUUUAAAUUCUCUACUAAAAGAACUAGCAUUGCAGGUAUAACUGUACUAGAAAGAGUAUCCAUCAUCAACCCUUAACCCAGAAUGUACACCAACUUGUAUAUGAGGAUAGAAUAGUGCAAAAUUCUAGAGUUAAUAUUCAUCAUCUGUCUAUUUAGGGCAUCUCAUGUUCAUUAUGUGUGCAGUUCUUUACCUAACUCGUGCAAUUUUAUAUGCCCCGAGACAGUUACAUUCCACAUGCCAACGAUUGUUGAUCAUUUGUUAUUGUAGUUGCCUCUUGCAGUGUUCUCAUGGCCCCGAAGUCUCUUAACCCUUCUCAUCCCGUGGUGCUAGAAAAUCAACAUUGGUUGUAUCUUAUCUUUAGCAUGUACUGUAACACAGUUCACAAUCACCUAGCAUUAAAUAGGUGCCUGGGAAUUGGGCAAUUGUGCACUGUAACUCGGAAGAAUGUCAGUACAGAGGUUGUGCUAGGGGGUUCCUCGAUGAGCGGAACUGCGGGCCGCUCCAAGCAACAGCCUGUUGGACCAAGCUCUCGCAAGUCGAGCCUGGUUCCGAGUUGGGCUUGGGAAGUAGAACUCCCAGAACUUCAUUCAGGUACAAGCUUAAGCUUAACAGGCUUCUUGUCCUCAACAAUGCAAAACCAAAUUUUGGUGGGUUGCCUAUCAUAUUGGCAUUGCCUGCAAUGGCCUAGAUGCCUUUGCUGAAGAAUUCAUAAAAGUCCCAUCUCAGUCAAAUUCCUCACUUAGGCAACUUGCCUUAUAACAAGGAGGUGGUCUGGUCGAGGACCAAGCCGCGAGGAUGCUAAGCCCAGAAAUCAUCUCGAGAUAACUUCAAGAUAGGUUUCUUCCUUGGCUUUUAUAAUGUGAUCUGCAACUGUGAUUCGCCUUCUGUCAUUGGAAUAGGAAAUGAGGAAAUUUCCUUGACUAGGUCAUGAAUUGGUCACUCAAGAAUAACAUGAAAGGAUUUAAUAUAAGGGAGACCUACAUUAUUUCAUUAACAGCUGCACCACAACUUUUACAAUGUUCCAAUUUGCUGAAUGAUUGCAAGUUUUGCUUCCCUGAUGUUCCUUCCCCCCAAUCCCUGUCCUUUCCCAAAUCCUUAUCCUGAUUCCUUCCCAGCACCAAGCCUUUAGUCAUAAUGGCUUGGUGCUUCUGAUAAUACACGCUUAACUCACGGUCACUUAAUGGAGCACCGCCCUGCUCCUUAUUGUC